CAACACAGCGGGUUGGUUGGGUUGCCCUGCGCAGCCGCACUUCUGUCGACUGUUAGUUAGCGCACUUCCAUGCUUCCCGUAUUCUUUGAUUUGAACCCCCUCCAUAACGAUCCUCGACGAUAUCCAAUAUCCGACGGCCAAUUUUUAACCAUUUUUUCGACCCCGACGGCAUCGAACACACCGAUACCGCUCUGGAGCAUGGCCUUGUGAACAGGGCUGGGCGUCGCAAACCGCCGAAUCCGGUGCACCGAGCCAAGAUGUGAUACAUCGACUCCUUCCUCUGACAUCAAGACCCAUGCAACCCACAAGACCCACGCCGAGGGCUCCAGGGAGCUUCUCGCCCCUGCCUGCGAGCAACCCGGCAAGUACGACAGAUCUCUCGCGCACGCGACAGAACCGGCAGGACUCGCUGUCAAGCGAAGAACGGGCGCCAUUGAAUGUCCACAAGACUCGAGGACAGACUGCGCCAGCCCCGACACCCAUCUACGCCAGCUUCACCAGCGGCUCCAACAAUAGCAGCACCACCAAUUUGCAGAACUUCUCGCGCCCGACUGUGUCAACCGCCGUCUCCGCCGCCCGCUCCGUCGCGGGGCCGCAGUCACCCAGCGACGGUGUUCCGCGCAACGGACCUUCGCCUCUCACGCUCCCGCCAGCUACUUCCUCGCCCGUCACACCCACCUUCUCCAGUCGAGGCGUCAGCCACUCGCGCAAGCACUCGCAGAACGCCGGUCUGUUCGAACCCACCCUGCCCUCGACAAGCACCUCCAACCUCUCACAUAUCGGUCUUUCGAACCACUCCCCGAAACGCGUGCCUCCGGCGCACCGAGAGAUGUCAGCCAGCCAGAUUGCUGCUCAGGCCGCCGUUAUGCAGCACCAAAAUCAGCAGCAGCAGCAGCAGGCGCAACAGGCGCAACAAGCACAACAGGCACAACAAGCACAGCAGCAGGCACAACAUGCACGACAACGUUCACAAACAGCGCCAGCGCCUGCCGGGGAUGAUCCACCGCCAGCCAAACGAGCGAGCGGCGGUUCAUUUACCAUGAACCCCCCAAUGCUGAGCCUCACCGAGGCGAGCGUGCCUCGUGAUAAUGCCUUCGGUGGCCAGACCUACCACAAUGGCCUUGCUGGCAACCAUACUCUCGCGGCUACAGCUGCCGCCAACCUGGUCUUCCCGAGAUCCACUCAGGCAUCUCCCGGGAUACCCUCGCAAUCAUUUACGCCUCAACCUCCACCUCCGCCUCCGGCCUCCGAGAAGCCUCAAAAGCCGGAGAAGUCGAAGGUGAAACUCUUCUCGCGGCAAGUAAAAAUCGGAAGCAAAAGUGAUAGCAAGGACAAGCCGCUUCCUAGUCCGGGGAAGGUUGGACACGCAUUCGCAAAUCUACAACGUGGCAACUUUAGCACUACCAGCUUGGAGUCCAGCUCCCAGUCAUUUUACAGCUUACCAAACUCGUCUGCUGCCACAAUACGACCCGCCGACAUGCCGCAAGAAAAGGAGGGCAAGGAGAAGGAAAAGAAGCACCACUUCUUGUCGCGGCAGAAGCACAAGCUCAAGGAUGACCACCACCUCCCGCUCUCGUCCGCCAUGAGCAACUCGCGGCCGGCCGACCCAAGCGCCCCGAGCAGUCUUUACAACUUUAGUUUGCCGCAGAGCCCAGGACCGAACACUACGGGCUUCAAAUCAGCCCUCGACCUUCGGCAUGGAGGGCGUGCCUUUCGGGAGAGAAGGAAGGAGGAGAAAUCGUUUGACGACACCGCGAGUGCCGUCACAAGCGAGUGGCCUGGCUCAAGUAGCGUCACUUCCGGCUCCGCUACUCAGGCUUCCACUCUCUACCUCAACGAGCCGUUUGACAGCCACAAGUACGGCUUGAACAACAUGACCUAUGAUGAUGCCUGGCCUUUUUUGAAAGCGAAGCUGCUCGUCGUCUUUGAGGCUGAGGAUCUCCGGUUGCCGGUUGAGGACCUGAACCGUGUGGUCACGAUGCACAUUCAGUAUUGCCUAGCCCGACGCAGCCCCAAUAUCAUCGUGGACGACAUGAGAGAGCUUUUGGCGACGGGGUUCUCUAGCCUCGAUCACACCCUUCGCAAGACUCCCGAGGAUAGGCUAAUUCCGGCGCUCGUCGAGCUGUGGAUCUUCACUUUUACCAGUAUCCUUCCCUACAUGCAGGCCGUGUUCCUACCGUUGGAUUUGGAAUUUUCAGGUCACGGGCCCCUAAUGUCCGCCGAGCAAGCCCGCGAUUUCUGGGGUGGCAUCCCGGCGGCGACCUCGACAAGUGAUGGGACAUCAUCUGUCACCCAGAAGCCCGGCCGCAGCCACAGCGUUACCGUUUCUCCAGCAUCGUCCGUUCUCGAAGUCCGCCGCUUCGUCCUUCUCGCGUUCCGCGACAUCGUCAUCCUCCCACGCUACGACACGCUCAAGGCUAUGUUCUCUCGCCUCUCUCUCGAAUUUCUCCCCCAAUCCCUCGCUUCUAUGGCGCUCGGCUCCCCGCCUCUCCCCAUUCCCUCUCCGGGCUACCACAACCAAAGCAUAAACCAACAGCUCUCCAACUCACCCUCCGACAACUACGCCUCGACAAGCCUCCCCAGCGCCCUUGGGCAAUACCGCCCCGGCACCGCCACCUCCCUCGACCCCUCCGUGGCAAGCUACAACAGCGCGGGCAGCACCCUCCUCGGCGACAGCUCCGGCAGCGGCAACCGCAGCCGCGCCAUCAGCAACGUCUCCUUCGGCAGCGACAGCGCCGCCCACCCGCUGCGGCCCUUCACACCCAGCAGCAUGCACGCCAUCAGCGCCGCCGCCAACUCCACCCUCAACCUCGCCCUGCACACAACCAUGUCCAACAACACCACCACCAGCCAGGGCGGCGGCGGCGGCGGCGGGACCGGUGGCAGCCUCCGCGACCAAAACGUCGAAGACUCCAAGCAAGUCACCGAGAUGGUCGGCCGCAUGCUGCAGUGCAUGAGCGUGCUCGCCUCGGUCGGCGUGACGCCCGUCGCGGCCGUACCGGGCGGUGUCAGCGGCAGCAUCAGCAGCAUCGGCGGCAGCGUCAGCGGCAGCGUCGGCAGCGGCGUCGGCGGCGGCGGUGGCGGUCCAGCCGCUCGCGACGGGGAAGAAGAGGGCAACAAGAUGGUCGAGGAGCUCAACAAGCUGCUCAAGCUCAACUGGCUGGGCCGCGGCCGCACGGGCCGCAACCGGCGCGGCAUGGUCGGCGGGCGCGCCACCAAGCGCGGCGGCGUCGUCCUGGGCAUGCCCCCGCCCCAUCUGCCGCUGCCGCCUCCGCUGGUGGAGUCGUCGGGGUCUGGGUCUGGGUUGGGGUUGGGGUCCGGGCUGUCGAUGGCGGGGAGUCUUGGGGCUGCUGGUGCUGGUGGGGGUGGGGGUGGGGGUGGGAUUGGGAGUGUCCUGGAGGAGGGGGUUGCGGUUUGA